AAGUACAUUUGCAAUUGCCAAGCUCCUUCUUAGUGGUUCUUCGCAUCAUAAAGAUACACUAUAACAACAAACAGGCAACAUAAAUCUCAUUUAAUUUCAGGUGAAAUCCUAAACCUUUGCUAAAAUGUCCAGCCAGGUGAUCACAGCUGACAAUGCUAAAAUUGUCAUCCAAAUAAAUCCACAGGUGGCUGAAGGACAAGAUAAGAGUAAAACUUAUGACAAUACACCCCUCAAAAGGUUUCUUAAAGUACAACCAAAGUCAUUGGGGAUUGUGCAGAUUAUGAUUGGAGUGGUAACCUUCUUGGUUGGUAUUGUGCUCACCACUGAAUUCCCCUAUUCUAUAAUACCUGUCAGUGGUGGUAUAACCUACUGGGGAUCACUCAUUUACAUCAUUGCUGGUUCUCUAUCUGUUGCUGCGGAAAAUAAACCCAAUCCCUGUCUGGUUUUAGCUCAUGGGAUCGUCGCAGUUAUGCUGGUUUUCUCCAUCCUUCAGUUCAUCAUCUCAAUCUGCAUCUGCAAAACCUGUUCCUGUGAUGCAAACCCACUCGUGAUCAGUAAUACAAUAGACCUGAUGGUUUUAGAGAAAGAAGCGUCCCCACUUAACAUGCCACAACCACCAAGGAGAAAUUAGCAGAAUGCAAAGAAAAUACUUAAGGUAUUAAGAUGGAGGACAGAGGCCUUUUGUAAUAAAAAAAAUUAUGUGGUUUUUAUUAAUAAAAUGAAAGUGCUAAUACUGAUUUUGUGGACUAAUUAUCGUAACACGUCUUGUCACUCCACAGAGACCAUAUGACACAUUUUGUCAUAGGGAUUCCGUGGUCCAAAAGUUGUCUAUGACUUUUGUGUGUUUCUGUCAGGACAUACUACAGUAAAUGUGUGGAUUAAAGGUGCACAAUACAAAAGGUAGUUUAAAUACACUUUCUUAAAAUACUAAGGAACA